UUCAGAGGAUCAGAGGAAACUUGAAGCUAAUGCGCUUCGACAAUGGCUAUAAGCCAUUUUUCAUUGAUAUAACCUAUGAUCUCUGCAAGUUUCUGAAGGAUCCACAAAAUGUCAUCGUAAUGGCAUUUUACAAUACGUUUAAAGAGCGGUCCAAUAUGAAUCAUACCUGUCCUUAUGAUCACGACAUUAUUGUCGAUAAAGUGUGGACUGGAAAUCUUGAGCAGGGUUUUGCCAGAUUUUUACCAACACCAAAUGGCGACUUUGCAAUUUUCUUGACUUUUUACACAAAUAAUAAAGUUUUUUCGCAGAUCAAUCUCUAUUUAAAAAAAACUUAAGGAAUAAAGAUUUCUUACAUUUAUAAAAAUCAAUAAGUUAAAGGUACUCAAAAGAAUUGUGUCGACCCAAUUUUGUUCUC